UAAAAUUGACGUCGUUAUUCGUGUGCUACAGUUAGUGAUGCUCAGCAAACUCUCGAUCUUCAGCACAAGCACGACACAACCGGGAUGAUUCCAAACAUUCUCCUGAUUUUCAAAAUCAUUAUGGCGGCAGCAGCUGCACGUUCCGUAAACCUAGAAUCGUUAUCCGGGAAUGACGAAAGAGCGGCGAGACUGGUCACGAGUCGAGUCCUGGAGACCACCGCAUUCGGUCACGUAUUUGCAAAUCAACACGUGCACGGCAUCUGUCAAAGAAGAAGUGGACUAUGACACGUACAACACAAGUCGACGUAUCCUUUGGGGCGUGGCACUAACGACGUUAUCACCUACCGCGGCGCCGGUUUGGUUCGCUUUUGAUGCAUUGGCGUAUGCUAACUGCGUUAGUCUAGAGCCAAGCAACAAUUUUUCUUUUCGAACUUUAACCGUGAUGAACGACCUUUUUCCUAGAAAGUGCGGCGUCUAGGGAAUGAAAGGACCCUAGGUAGCGAGUAGAUAAAGUUCUGUUAAUUAAUACAAUUAAUUAUUGUUGUAGUAAUAUAAUUGAGUAUUACUAUUAAAAAUGGUGUACACAAGGAAAAUGAAAUUGAACAGCAAGUGGUAGUGUAUCCUGGAGCAUUACACACAAGAGUACAGAAUGCCUUUACAAACUAAAAUUGAUAUCAAUGACACUAAUUACUAUUAAUUUACCAUACAAAAAUAAAAUCUAUAGUACAAGAGGUGGAUGCAAAUCUGUUAGAUAUGAAUAAACAGUAAAUACCUUAUAUAAAAGAUCCAUGCUUGAACUAAGUGUUAUUUAUACAUUGCAAAAUGCUAUGGUUCGUU